AUGAAGGACCCACGAGCAUCUAAAAGAAGAAGAGUCUCCAAGGAUUUUGAUGGAGAUAUCGAAAUGGGAAACGAGGAUCAAGACGUAUUCGCGGUCUCCUCAUCCCCCAACAACACUCGAAAUUCCCCUACGCCGGUUAAAAGUGCCUCACGGCGUCAAUCUGCCCGCGGAGCACACGAUCUUAACCAAGAAAGCACAGGCCAGGAGGCCGAGGAAGAGAAAGAAGAGACGCAAACCCCUGCCCGGGUUGGAACACGAACAAGUGGGCGACAACGGAAAACACCAAAAAGAUAUGAGGAGGAGGUUGUGACGCCGUCGAGGAGAAAACAAGCAACUACCCCCUCAAAGAGUGCGCGUGCGACUCGAACAGUGCAAAACCCGCCACAGUCUCCGGUGGAAGAUGAGGACGAGGACGCACCUGAGUCUGAGGAAGAGGAUGACGAUGACGACGACGAGGAUGACAUAGAUGUCGACGAGUCAUCUCCGGAGCCUGCCCGUCGCUCAGCUACAAGAGCCAAAUCAAAGAGAAGCACCGCAAAACCCAGAUCCGCCGCAAAACCUAGAUCCAUCGCAAACCCCAGAUCCACCACGAGAACCAGAUCCAAGAGAGCCCUGGCCGCAGAGCCGAAAGAGAAGUCUCCUUCACCUGAGUAUCAGGACGGCUUGGACGAUAUCGUUGCGAUGCAACUGCAACAGGAAAUGCCUUAUGAACAACCGGAGGCGACUGAAGCCGUUGAUGUCUCCGAGCCAUUGCCAGAAUACGCUGAAAAGUUCCAGGCACUCUGUCAGACGGGCCUUGCAGAUGAAGUGCGCAUUCUCUCGACCAUUCUCCUCGAAAAAUUGUCAGGGAAACGGCAGAUCCCAUUACGGGGAGUUGAAACCGAAUACCAAAAGGUUCACCAGCUCAUCGAACAAACAGUGUCGGUGGGCGAGGGUAACUCGAUGCUUCUUCUUGGAUCCAGAGGGUGUGGAAAGACUGCGAUUGUGGAAUCCAUCAUUUCGUCACUCGCGAGGGAGCAUAGAAACGAAUUUCACGUUGUUCGCCUCAAUGGAUUUUUGCACACGGAUGAUCGUCUAGCGUUGCGCGAGAUGUGGCGCCAACUUGGUCGUGAGAUGCAUACCGAGGAGGAUGCAGCCAAGGUCAGCUCCUAUGCGGAUACCAUGGCGACGCUCUUGGCUUUGUUAUCGCACCCAGAAGAGCUUUUCGGAGCUUCUGGUGAUGCAGGGUCAAAAACUGCUGCAAAGUCUAUCAUCAUCUUGCUGGAUGAGUUCGACUUGUUCGUCACCCACCCACGACAAACUCUGUUGUAUAAUCUGUUUGAUAUUGCCCAGGCCCGCAAAGCACCUAUCGCGGUCAUUGGGCUCACGACAAAGGUCGAUGUCACCGAAAUGCUCGAGAAGCGUGUCAAGAGUCGAUUCAGUCACCGCUAUACUUACGUCCCGCUACCUAAGUCAUUGGAGACAUUCUCGGAUAUCUGCCUCGGAAGUCUAGACCUCAGUGAAACCGAAGUAGCAGAUAUUGCGGCUGAACUUGGAUCUGACCGUGCCCUGGUCGAGUCUAGCAAAUGGGUGAUACUGCUCAAGGGCUGGAAGGAAUAUUUGAAGCAUAUGUGGAAUGACCAAGACUUCCAAUUCCACAUCAGGCGUAUCUACUACCAAUCGAAAUGUGUAAAGGAGUUUUUCAACAGCGCACUUCUCCCAAUCGGCGACUUGCUGCAAAGCGUAUCGACCGUCGACACACCAGUUCCCGAAAUUCCAGUACCGAAAAACUUCGCUUCGCAAACACUUGAUUGCCCCGACCCAGCACCUCUCCCCUUCUCCACGUCCAUCACAUCAUCUAGUCCCUCGUCGUUGCCAUUAGCUUUGUUGGUAGCUGCAACCCGCUUGUCAGCCCUGUUCGAUCCCGGAAACGACGGGUCCCAAUCACAAAGCAUGGGACCACUUGCACUUUCCUUCCCCGCCGCAUAUGCGGAAUACGUCCGGCUUCUAACCUCUGCAAAGAUAUCUGCCUCGGUGUCAGGAGCCGCGGCUACACCAGGCCGGGUCUGGGGCCGAGAUGUAGCCCGAGAAUCCUGGGAGAAGCUGCUCAGCUGGGGACUCGUUACCCCUGUGGGCAGUGGCAACGGCACUGCUGAUGGGCAGAUGUUCCGUGUGGAAAUUAGUUUCGAGGAAGUUAUUGAAAUGGCUGGUUCCGGAGGUGGUCUGGGCCAGUGGUGGCGUGAAUAA